AUGGGAUUUUCAGACUUGAAAAAUGCAAUUACGAAGAUUGAUCAGUCUUUGAAGGAAAAAAAUAGAGCUAGGGAAAAAGGCGCAAAUGCUGGUAAAACUCAGCAAUCAUACCCUAGCCAAAACAGAGCAUAUCAGCCUAGUCAUAACAAUGUACAAGUGCCACUUGCAGCCGAUGAUGAUAUAUUCGCUAAACCUAUUGCUACUUCUGAACCACCAUCAAUUUUUAAAACAACUCAACAUGCCCAGCCACCACAGGGAUGUUUUUGUGGAGGAUCGGAUGAACCAAUCCAGACUAAUAACUUUUCAAAUAACUUAACAUUGGGGGACCAAACAUUCCCAGUGUGGACGUUGCCAUAUUCUCUUUGGUAUACCAUGGAUCCUGAUCAAGAUGUAGGCUUUGCCUUCAACCACACUGAUGCGUCGCAAAGAGUAUUCGGACCCGAUCCAGAUUCUAACCCGGCUCAGUUUUAUUUCAACCCACCCAAGAUCAAGUCUUUUGUUAUAUCUGGGUCUAACUUUAGAGAUAAUAACGUGAGUGUUAGAUUGGAAAAUCACAACAAAUUAUCUGUUACGUCUAAACUAGUUUUGGAUAAUGAUACUAACAAAAAUGUCACUGUUCCGCUUGUUCAUGGUAUGGGAUAUGUUACUGCUAUUUAUAACAAUAUUCAGCCUGUAAUUGCUUCCCAGGUUGGUGUUCAAGACUUUAAACAGUUAAGCCUGAUUGGUAAUGUUUCUAAAUAUAAAGUAACGUUGUUUAAUCAAGUUGUUUGGUCGUUAUAUGUCACUGGCGAUGCCAGCCUAAAGCUCAACUUGCAGGAUCCUAAUCAUAUUGUUGCCAAUAAAGUUUCCAGUAAUGCUAUGAUUCAAAUUUGUCGUGGUGAAUCAAAACAUUACGAUGACAGCUGUGGUAUCUAUGCUGAUUCUUGCCAUCUACAGGGAUCUUGCACUUCAAGUGAUGGCAAAAAAUGUCAGUAUAAGUUUGUCUAUGGAAUGAAAGGUAAUUCUAAGUCAGGAAAUGGUAUUUUUUGGUGUCUACCACACCAUCAAGAAGUGUUGACGAACGAGAUCAAGAAAAGAGAUACAAAGUUGGAAUUAGAUUCAACAACUAAAGGUGUAAUGAAAGCAUAUGCCACUAACGAAUUGAUUAUGGAAGAAACAGAUUUGCCAGUCAGUAUCAAUUGGGAGCCAUGGUCAUCUCUUGGUUCUUUCAAUGAAGCUUCAUAUUCGGAGAAUGCAAAAAGAAUAAUAAGAGUCGCGGCUGAAGAGGAAGUUCAGCAGGACGUUGUUGGUAUGGCAAAUAUAGAUUCUAUGUAUACGUCGGGUAAGAUUUUAGACAAGUUUGCAUACAUUGCAUAUGUUUGUCAUUUCAUAUUACAAGAUGAUAAAUUAACUUCAAUUAUUUUCCCUAAAGUAAAAGAAGCAGUUGAAAUAUUUGCACGUAAUCAUCAGAAAUUUCCGUUAGUGUACGAUUUGUCGUGGAAAGGAUUAAUAUCUUCUGCAGAACCCGGCGCUGACUUUGGCAAUUCAAAUUAUAAUGAUCACCAUUUCCAUUAUGGAUAUCAUAUCCACGCUAUUGCACUCAUAGCAAAGGUUGAUGAAUCUUAUGAAAAUAACGAAUGGCUUCAUGCUAAUAAUAAUUUAGUACUUGAUUAUACUUUGGCUUUACUUAGAGAUGUAGCGAAUCCCUCAAAGGAUGAUAAGUUCUUUCCCGUUUCAAGAUCGUUUGAUUGGUAUCAUGGCCAUUCCUUUGCGCAUGGUAUAUUUGCUUCAGGUGAUGGAAAGGACGAAGAAUCUUCUUCAGAAGAUUACCAUUUUGCUUACGGUAUGAAACUUUUUGCUAAGAUUAUUAAUGACUCGAAUAUGGAAGUUCGUGCAAAUCUAAUGUUGGCGAUUAUGAGGAGAUCAAUGAAUAUGUACAUGUUGUAUUCUGACGAUAAUAAGAUUCAACCGAAGAGGUUUAUUAAGAAUAAAGUUGCUGGUAUUUCUUUUGAAAAUAAGAUUGAUUUUGCAACCUACUUUGGUAGAGGCCAAAUUGCAGAUGAAUGGAUUCAUGGAAUUCAUAUGUUGCCAAUCACACCAAUAUCAUCCUAUAUAAGAAACGAGGGGUUUGUUCAAGAAGAAUGGGAUCAGAAAUUAGCAGGUAUUGUUAACCAAAUCACUGAUGGUUGGAAAGGUAUUUUGAUGUUGAAUUUUGCAUUGGUUAAUCCUAAACAAGCAUGGAAAUGGUUUUCAAGAAAGGAUUGGGAUAAUUCUUUGAUAGAUAAUGGUAUGUCGAGAACUUGGUCGUUGGCUUAUAUUGCUGGUGUUGGAGGAUCUGAUUGA